AUCAGUCAGCGACCUGCAGUCCGGCACCCACCAGCAGACAUCAGUCAGCGACCUGCAGUCCGGCACCCACCAGCAGACAUCAGUCAGCGACCUGCAGUCCGGCACCCACCUGGAGUCAGCAUGAGGACCUUCGUGAUCGCAGUUCUGCUGGCGGCUGGCGUCUUGGCGCAGGAGGCGGACAAGGACGGCGCGAAGAGGGUGGACAAGAGAGGGCUGUACGGCCUGGGCUACGGCGGCUACGGCGGCUACGGCGGCUACGGCGGCUACGGCGGCUACGGUCUGGGCUACGGCCUCGGCUACGGCUACGCCUCGCCCUUGUACGUGUCCCCGCUGCACUCCUACUACGGCUACGGCCACGGGCUGGGCUACGGCUACGGACACGGCCUGGGCUACGGCUACGGACACUACUGGUGACACCUGGGACGGACGUCUGCUUGAUAACUGACCACACGGAACAGAAUGUCGUCUGUCGAGGCUUCAAUAACCACCACUAGCAGAAUUUUCUUUUGUGACGAUUCACCCUGUCCUACCAUCCAGAAUUUAUGAAAUUUUAUGCUGUCCAUAUCACUGAUAUCUCACUUUUCUACAAAAAAAAUGUUCUAAUUAAAUCAUAUGUUUAUUAUAUGUUUUACAGAAUUAAAUUUUUGAUUCAUUAUGUAUGGAUCUUUCCAAUGGCAAUAAAUAAAAUGUUAUGUCAACAGUGAAUUUUUUUUGUUGAUAUUUUGUAAAAGUUAUGAGUACUGGAAUAUAAUAAAAGUGAUUUAACUAAUA